UUUUAUAAUAAAACAAAUUAACAAAUUUUAAAAAACCUUAAUAAUUUCCAUAAAAUUGUACAUACGUGGCUGCAAAUUUAAAAAAAAAGAAAGAAAAAUUAACAAAAAAACAGCAGAUAAAAAUCUAAACGUCUGACUAACAUUAGAGCUAGAACAACAACAAUCACAAAUACUAAAACGUUAUUAUUACCUUCAUCCCUCCUACAACUUACAGCUAAUAUUAAAACAAUUUAUCGUCAUAUGCUUGAUUUGUGGUUGAGUUGUAUAAAAAAUUAGUAAGAGUGACCGCCGACAGAAGAGGAAAAAAGGGGGCAGAGUUUUGUAAACAAAACAAACUACCAAAAUAAUAAACUUAAAAGUUAUAAUAUUUUAUUAGUAUUAUAACAAUAUGUUUGCAAAUUUUAAAAACCGUUUAGCUUCUGUUAUAGCUCCUGAUAUACCAGCUUUACCCUCUAGCCAUGAUCAUCAUAUACCGCGUGGCUCCUCGCACUAUCAUCAGCGCAUGUUGCAGCAACAACAGCUACAAGAUAAAUUCGCCUAUGCCCGUCCUCCUUUCUUACAGUUGUUGACUCCUGAUGAACUCAAAGCUUCUGCCGAUCACAAUGUCCGGCCCAUUAUAGUACCCCGAGACAUUGGCCUGCUGCCCUGGGGUACUGGCUAUGCUGAGUGUGUUAAUUCGGGUAAAUCGGAAUGGAAUGAAGACCAGGGUGCCUUUUGCCGACAAGUUCUAUCAGAUCCUACACACCAAUAUCCUGAUCUCCCUUAUACAUACUUUGGUAUAUUUGAUGGUCAUGCUGGUUAUGGCGCUGCUUUGGCAGCUUCACAUCAAUUUCAUCAUAUAUUGCAUGAAAAACUGGUCGAUUGCAUUGAUUUACUGUUGCCUCGAGAGGGUAUGGAAGAUUUAAUACCCAACUCCGGGCUCAACAAAUCACAAACUGUAAAUUCUUUUCCUCAUCCGAGCCAUUUUCAGCGAACAGUUUCAAAAGAUGAACUAAUUAUAGGAGCGCUAGAAAGUGCUUUCAUACAUAUGGACUCAUUAAUAGCCCAAGAUCGUGAUCGUUAUCGUGAUGCGGGUGGUUGUACGGCCUGUGUUUCGCUAUUCAUAAAUGGUAAAAUGUAUGUUUCAAAUGCAGGAGACAGUCGUGCUGUUUUGUGUCAAAGAAAAGUCGUAAAUGGUAAACCACACGAUGCCGAAAACUCUGAUGGCUCGGAGGGUUCUUUUCCCGAGCCAUUCUCUUUUGAUCAUACACCGGAAACAGAAAGAACACGUCUACUAGGUGUGGCUCAAUAUAAACCUCAUUUAAUGGGUAAAUAUUAUACUGCCAUGGAAUAUGCCAAACGGCCACAUGAGCGUGACUUGGGUCAACGUAUUUUAUGUCGAACGGGAACUAACAAAGGUUGGACCUAUAAAACAUUAACGCGUGAUGACUUAAAAAUGCCCGUAGUAACGGGUGAGGGUAAACGUUCCCGGCUGCUGGGUACUUUAGGUGUUACACGUGGUUUUGGUGAUCAUGAUUUAUUGGCCAUAGCCACUGGUACGCUAAUUAAACCAUUCCUCACAGCACAGCCAGAAGUUAUUUACAGAGAUCUCACAAAAAUUGUAAGCAUUCCAGAUGAACACAAUGAAGACGGUGACUAUGGCAUUCUUGUCAUGGCCACUGAUGGCCUUUGGGACGUUUCCGAAAACGAUGCUGUUGCCCGCACGGUCUUUCAAACAUUGCACAAAUAUCCAACCGAAAAACAUCGUUACACAAUGGUGGCUCAGGAGUUAGUUGCCAAGGCUCGUGGUAAAAUUAACGAUUAUGGUCAUUGGCGUUUGGCCGAUAGUAAAGCAGCUGCCACAGUCGAUGAUAUAUCCGUGAUAGUUAUACCCGUCUAUCAGUAUUAUAAGGAGCAUGUAGAGUACGAACAAAAAUGUUUGCGUGAAUAUCGUGAACGUUUGGAACGUGAAACGACAGCGCAAGCAUUGGAGGCGAAGGAGGAAGAACAGCAGCAGCAUCAACACGAACAAAUUAAUUCUUUAGUCAAUGGUAUGCAAGAAAUGGCUCAUGUGGUAGUCGAGCCAGAAGUUGAGGAAAAAGAAGAGAGUACGGAGGCAAUUACUAAAGAGAUUCUUAGUGAAUCGGUAGCUGUGGGAGAGAGUAAGGAAAAGGUGGAAAGUGUUGAAGAACAAAAAAUUGAAGAAGAUGAUUUAGAUAAAACAUUGGAACAAUUCGAAGCUAUCAAAGAGCCAAAAGAGUUGGAAAAAGAAGAUUCAUCGCCAGAAAAAACAUCUCCCACUAAAUCAAAGCAACAGCAACGUAAAAAUCAACGUAAAGAUAAACGUUAAUUAAUAAAA